GGAGCAGCCAUGAAGGCAUCGCUCCUGCUCCUGCUGGGCUGCACGGCCAUCCUGGCAGUGGGAGCAAGGGCCGAUGAGCCCGAGGAGCCGGAGGCGCUGGUGAGGAAGGUGGAGGAGUACGCCCAGAAAGCCGCGGCCAUGGCCAAGACCGCCAUCAGCACGGUGCAGGAGUCGGAGGCGGCUCAGCAGGCCAGGCGCUGGCUGGAGGACAACGCCGCCCUGGCGAAGCAGCGGCUGGCCUGGCUGAAGGAGCAGCUGGUCGAGCUCUGGAAGGGGCCGCCCGGCGCGUAGCUCCCCCCGGGGGCUGGCGGGGGGCCGGCCGGGCUGGGCUCCCCCCGGCCCCCCCACCCGCUGUCGCAGUUCCUGCAAUAAAGCGGCGCUGAAGCGGAA